AUGAAGGGAAACGUUCCGAAGGGAAACCGCGGAGCUUUCGGCCGAGCGAACAGCAACGGAGCGUCCUUGCCCGAGCAGAAAGCCGCCGCAGGCCGCGAGAGGAAGACUAACCUCACCAUCGCGGAGUCGUCGCUGCCGGGGUCUCGUUUCCCGCUGGAGGGCGCGUCGGAUGCAGAUAUCGGAGCCAACGCGCAGCUCUCGUACACCCUCAGCCCCAGCGAGCAUUUCGGGCUCGAUCAUCAGGGGAAUGAUGACCAGAGCGCUUCUUUAGCUCUUGUUCUAACGAAAGCGCUGGACCGCGAGACGCUGGCUGUGCACCGGUUAUUGCUGACAGCGAGCGACGGGGGCCGGCCGGCGCUGACGGGCACGGACGGGGGCCGGCCGCCGCUGACGGGCACGCUGGAGCUGUUGAUCUCGGUGCUGGACGCCAACGACAACGCGCCCCAGUUCAACCAGUCGGUGUAUAAAGUGAAAGCCUUAGAGGGUUCAGAGCGCGGGACUCUGUUGAUCAAGUUCAGUGCCACGGAUUUGGACGAAGGGAUCAAUGGUGAUGUUAUGUAUUUAUUUAGUAGGCGUGUCGCUGCUCAAGUAAAAGAAAUGUUCACUCUCGACGAAAACAAAGGAGAACUCAGACUUCAAGGCAAUUUAGACUACGAAGACAUGGACAGUUACGAGAUUACAAUAGAAGCGAGAGACAAAGGCACCCCUGCGUUAGCGGGUCACUGCAAGGUGGUGGUGGAGGUGCUGGACGUGAACGACAACGCGCCGGAGGUGUGGGUGACGUCGCUGUCGGUGCCGGUGCCGGAGGACGCGGCGGUGGGGACGGUGGUGGCGCUGCUGAGCGUGUCGGACCGGGACUCGGGGGCGAACGGGCGGGUGCGGUGCGCGGUGUGGCCGUCGUCGCCGUUCGGGCUGGUGGCGAGGUUCGCGGCACCCUUACCCAGAGCCACCGUGCCAGUAGGCGUGACACCAUCUGGGCGCCAGAGCCGGAGCCUGUGCGUGGCGGACGGCGCGGGCAAGAGCGACCUGAUGGUGUUCAGCCCCAACUUCCCGCCGCCGCCCGGCGCCGCAGCAGAUAACGGUUCUGCUGGGAAUGGGCCGUCUCUCUCCCCGUUUGCUUCGGGGGUGCGUCUUUCAGCGUGUGAAAACACCCGGGAGGUGCCCUGGGAUUUGGUGGCUCCCUCAGGAAUGGUUGUAAUUAGCGUACUAGUUAUCUUCGAAAGCAGAAACUGGACAGUAGAGCCGAAAGUUGGUGGGAGUCGAGAGAGGGAGGAAGACUGGCUAAGGGAAAAGUAUAAGGGAAAGCGUCUAUAUGCGGUAUUGAAUAUUCGAGGGAUGGCAGUGCCCGUUCGCUUCGCGCCGGGAACUUCGUGGGGGUUUGCUGGAAUUCUGGAUUAUGUUCAUGCGGAGCCGGUCUGCGGGGAGCUGAGCAGGGGAGGAAGAAUGCGGGUCUAUUUAAUGGUCUUCUGCUUAAUUUGCUGCACCGCGAAUGGGCAAGUAGUGUAUUCCAUCGCCGAGGAAACAGAGCGUGGAGUGUCCUUUGGGAACAUUGCGAAGGAUUUAGGAAUAGAUGCAGCUACACUUUCAGCUCGGAAAUUGCGCAUGAUCACCGGUGCAAGUAAGCAGUAUUUUAAUAUAAAUGCAAGUACGGGGGCUUUGUCUGUUAAUGAGCCCAUAGACAGAGAGGAGCUUUGUGAAUUAAAGUCUACCUGUCUUCUGAAUUAUGAACUCGUGUUAGAAAACCCUCUAGAGCUUUAUAGGAUAGAAUUUAAAGUCUUGGACAUAAAUGACAACUCCCCCAGCUUUCCCUUAAGUGAAUAUCAUAUAAAUGUGCCUGAAUUCCUGUCACCCGGAGCACGCUUUACACUCACCAAUGCCCAAGAUCUUGAUGAAGGUACCAACAGUGUCCAGAAUUAUACUCUGAGCCCUGAGGAACAUUUCCAUUUGGAAAUGCAGACACGAGGAGAUGGGAGUAAAUAUCCUGAAUUGGUGCUGAAGAAAGCCUUAGACAGGGAGCAGCAAGCUACUCACAGACUUGUCCUUACAGCCAAAGAUGGUGGGGAUCCUCCAAAGUCUGGUGAUAUCCCAGUCAUUGUGACUGUGCUGGAUACCAAUGAUAACGCACCAGAAUUUGAGCACUCGGUCUACAGGGCAAGUAUCUUGGAAAACUCCCCCAGUGGCACUUUAGUAGUGCAAGUGCAUGCCACGGACUUGGAUGAAGGUCCAAAUGGAGAGAUCAGGUACUCAUUUAGCAAUACUACUUCUGCUGAUCUACAGCGAAUGUUCUUAAUUCACCCGCACAAAGGGGAGGUGACAGUCAAUGGCGUUUUAGCUGUUCAGAGACCUCUCCUCGAGAUGCUCAUUGAGGCAAGGGAUAAUGGGGCAUUUGGCAUGUCCAGCACAGCUAAGCUGCUGGUGGAAAUCACUGAUGUGAACAAUCAUGGCCCAGAGAUAACAAUUACAUCCCUUUCCAGUCCCGUUCCUGAGGAUGCUGUUCCUGGCACAGCGAUAGCUCUGCUGAGUAUUAUGGACAAGGACCCUGGGGAGAAUGGGAAAGUAACUUGUCAGAUCCCUGAUAAUCUUCCCUUCCAGUUAAAGCCUUCCCUCAAAAACUACUACAGUCUGGUCACCAGUGGGCUUCUGGACCGAGAGCUGAUCAGUGGGUACAACAUCACCAUUACUGCCACAGACUUGGGGUCUCCACCCAUCACCACUCAGAAGACCCUUUGGGUGCAGAUUUCUGAUGUGAACGAUAACCCCCCUGUCUUCAGUGCUGAGACAUUUGAUGUGUUUGUGGAGGAGAACAAUCCACUUGGUGCUUUUCUCUACCAGGUCUCUGCAUCUGACCCUGAUGUGGGGGAGAAUGGACGGGUCUCUUACAUGCUCAGGAAUUCCACAGUUGCAGGCAGUGCUCUAGCCAGCUUUUUAUCUGUGAGCUUGGCCAAUGGGAGUAUCUAUGCAACAUGUGCCUUUGACUUUGAGCAGCUUCAGAGCUUCUAUUUCCAAGUGGAAGCCAAGGACAAUGGGUCACCAGCCUUGAGUGCUGCCAUAACUGUGAAUGUUUACAUCUCAGACCAGAAUGACAAUGCCCCAGCCAUCCUGUACCCCACCAGCCAGAAUGGCUCAAUAGCUGUGGAAGUUGUGCCCCGCCUGGCUGAUGAGGACUACCUGGUGACCAAAGUGGUGGCAGAUGAUGAGGACAAUGCACAGAAUGCCUGGCUCUCUUAUCACCUCGCCCAUUCGUCUGACUCCACCCUGUUCCGCUUGGCACCACACUCUGGUGAGCUGCGCACCACGCGUUCCAUGCGGUCCACUGACUUCCUCAAGCACAAGGUUGUUGUGGUGGUGCGGGACCAUGGGGAUCCACCACUCUCCUCCACUGUAACAGUGGGCAUCCUGCUGGCUGACACCCUGCCCCAGGCACUGCCGGAUUUUGAUGACAGUGGGGAACCACCACCACUGCUCAAUGCUACAAAUAUCUAUUUGAUCGUUUGCAGCUCUGCCACUGCAGCACUUGCUGCUGCAGCAGCUGCUGCUCCUCAGCUGAUGAGUAUGAAAAGUAUUGCUAUAGUGUACACAUGCUUCCCAGCUCCCAUCUCCCACCGGACAGGUUGGAAGUCACUGGUGUGGGUAAACUGA